CUCUGCGCUCUACGCCUGCCAGAGGUGUGUUUCGGCUCCACUCUCUGAAUCUCUGGUUAUCAGCCCCCCACCAUGCAGCCUGCCUGAGUGCCAUGUCAAACAGCUGUGUUGGCAGAGGGUUACCGCUCAUCUAAAGGGAAGGUAGCAUCUUGCUUUGAGGAGGACAGAAGAUUAAAGAAGACUGACCAGUUGCAGAGAGAGGGGGGAGAUAACUGAAAGCCCCCCCUCCUCGCCUCACCUAACAGAGCAAAAACGGAAGGCUUUGGAGUAUUCAAUUUUUUCUUUCGUUUUAUAUUUUUCUUAUUCCUCAUCGCGGUGCUGGGAGGUGCUUCAUCUUUUCAUAUAGUGUCUCUCUCCAUCAUCUGCCUUCUCAUCUAUUUCUCCAUCUACUUGGUGUAUAAUUUCCUCUAUUUAUGAGUGAGAGAAAAGAGAAAGGAAGGAGGAGUUUUUGUUCAAUUUUUAUCCUUUCCUUUUCUCCACUUUCCCCACCCUUUCACCUCUCACUGUCAUACCUGUCAGUCCCUCCAUUCAGUUCCAUCUGUAGCUGCUGUCAUCACUUCAUCAUUACCCAUUCUACGUCUCUCUGUCUUUAAUCUGAUGUUAUGUGAACUUGGAUGAAUUUUCUACAAAAACAACAAAAAACUCCUCAUGAAUGACUCUUUUUUUUCCCUUUUCCUUCUCUUUUGGUCCCUCCACACCCAUUUUCUUUGCAUCACACUCUUGGGGGAUUCUUUAAUGUUACUCUAGGUAGGUUAACUAUCGUGUCUGUCUAUCUGUCUGUCUGUGUGUAUUUGUGUGUGCUUUACGUAUACAUAAAACACACAUUAACACACACAUGCACUCGCACGUGAUGAAUUAUGGCUAAAAAACAUUGUUCGGUAAAUCGAUUUUGGUCUGGUCUCGAACCGUCUCCACAUCCUCCUCAUCUGUUUUUGUCACCAUGGCAAUCUGCGCCCAUUUUUAAUUGUUGUUUUUAAAACAGUCUUUUUUAAGUGUGCACAUGUCACGUCCCCUUUUCAUGCAUUUGUUUUGCAACUUGUUUUAAGGCAACACAAGAAAAAAACUAAAGAUGGAUGAACAAGAUGGAUUUCUAGAUCUUAUUUUGAUCCACAGAUUAUUAUAAUUGGCAGCUCAGUUUGAAGUAAAUGAAAUUCUUUGUGUAAUAUAUAUUGUGCUGCAUUCAAAGUUCGCUAAUGGCCAUCUUGUCUCAUUAACAGUGUAUCCCAUUUCAUGCCUGAUUUAUGCUUAUUUUCAUUCAGCCAGUCCAUCAGCAGCCAUUAGUUCUUCCACUGCCCCCCAACCCACCCCCCCACCCCCUCCUCAUAUGACCCCCCCUUCCCAAACACGCACACAACAUACACUCCUUACUGUCGAAACAUUUCUCCUGGAUUGAAUUCUCAUGCUUAAGAGUGGUUUCAAUUGCCUUUUUCUUCUUUUAAAUGAUUUCCACCCACAACUGGCCAUGUUUCAUUCCUAAAGCCCCUCUAUUUCCCUCCACUUGUCUUCAUCCUCAUCCUCUAUCAGGCAACAGAGACCGGUUUGCGUUAGUUGGAUGUUGAAUCGUGGAUUAAGCGGGUGAUGCCUUGCUGUGGAUUUGAGGUGCUAUAGACAGUGUGUGCAGGUUAUAGAUAGAGACAGACUGAUAGACAGAUAAAAAUAGAUAGAUGUUAAGUCCCAUUUCAUCACUACCCUGCUCUUUUAUUCUAUCACAUUUCCUUCCUUUUGUUUUUGUUGUCUUUGCUCACUGCCACACCUUUUUGGAGGCCCUUUUUUAAGCAUUACUAGUCAAUUCUAACUAAGUUUUUAGUCUAUGCUUUAAUGGACGUCUACCUGAGAUUGCCUGUGCAUUCAACUUUAAGUGAAAAAUUAUGCUCUGUAGAUUAGGCCCACAGCAGCCACUGUAGUCUCAUUGUUUUCCUUUCUCAUGGACUGAAAAAGGGGCUUAACAAAUACCUCUUUCUUUAUUGUUCUGAGAGUGGGAUGUCGUCAUGAAGGAAAAUGAAGGACCACUUGUUUUGCUCUGUCUUUGCUUUUGUGUCUCAAAUCUGCUCCUCUGUAAAACAUCUCCACUACAGUCUAUAAAUUAUGUGUUACAGAAAAGAGUUAAUUAGACUGAGAGAGAAAAGAAGAGUGCAGAGCAGCCCUGCAAACUGAUGAUUGAAGCUGAGGCAAGGAGCAAAAGAAAGCCAAAGAAGGAAGAAAGGAAGAGAAGAGGAAUACAUACACAGUGCUCAUCUCCUCAUCUCCACGGCAACCGUGUUCACACACUCACAGACUUCUGGGAGGAGACCUCAGUGAGCUCUAUCACCAGCGUUGGAGGCAGGGGAGAGGAAUCGGAUGGGAAGAGGCGAAUGAAACAGCGUCCCUUCAUCAUCCCACUUGUAUCAUCCUUAAGUUGCUUUUAAGACUUCACACACAUCGCUGACACUUUGAGUUGGUGGUCAACUUUUUAAAGAUUUGAUUCAGCCAACUUAGAAAAUGAUUGAUUGCUGACUGUUGUACAUUUUGCACACAUUACUAUCACAAGCAACAGCCAUCAUCACAUCUACUGCCUCCCCACGUUGAAACGCUCCAGCACCUCCCACUUCCACCCUUAUCCAACCCGAUACUGGCCAUCCCUCACCCUGCAAGACCCCCUUCAGUCUUCUGUGCGUGACUUCAUCUGUCUUCCAUCCCUUCAUCCGAGGCUAUGAGAGGAGGAGUUGAAUCCCAGAUCACUCCAUCAUGCCAGUUCUGAAGAGUAGAGAGGACAUCUGGGCUGGCAAUGUUCAAGGGACGGCAUUUACACUCCUCCACAAUGCUUGUCAGCCUCCACUUCUCUCCCUCCCGUCUUCAGGACAAGCGCUUCGUCUCCCUCUCCUCCCCUCAGCAUCCUCCUCCUCCUCCUCCUCCUCCUCCAGUUCACUCAUCCCAUCAUCCUCAUCUUCAGUCCCGGCUGACCCUGCCUGUCCUCUCCUUGUCCUUCUCUCUGCUCCUCCUCUCCAUACUCCUUCUGCCUGUCUGCGAGUCUCGCAGGGGUGGAGGUCCUGGGACAGGGCCUGGAGGUCCGCAAACAGGACAAGGUGGCCAGAGAGGAGGGAGCACUCAGAGGGGCGUCGUCAUCCCCCCUCAAUACUCCCCUGGCUCACAGCCUCUCCCUCCAAUCAACCCCAAACUGAUCAACUCUCUCAGUAUUGCUGUCAUCUUAGUGGGCAACUCUAGUGAAGUAGCCCUGGGGGCUGGACUUGAGAAAGAGGACUUCCUCCAUAUCCCUUACCCUCCCAAAGUUGAGGUGGUCACUAUGAAUGAGACUGACCCUAAAAGUAUCAUCAAUCGGAUCUGUGCACAAAUGACCAGGAAUUCACUGCAAGGUGUGGUGUUUGGUGACGACACAGACCAGGAGGCCAUCGCUCAGAUCCUGGACUUCAUUUCCGCCCAGACACACAUCCCCAUCCUGGGCAUCAGGGGAGGAUCUUCCAUGGUCAUGGCUGCCAAGGACGACAACUCCAUGUUUUUCCAGUUUGGCCCAUCCAUCGAGCAGCAGGCCUCUGUCAUGUUGAACAUCAUGGAGGAGUAUGACUGGUACAUCUUCUCCGUCGUCACCACGUAUUACCCUGGCUACCAGGACUUUGUCAAUAAGAUCCGCAGUACCAUCGACAACAGCUUUGUGGGCUGGGAGUUAGAAGAAGUCCUCCUACUGGACAUGUCAGUGGACGACGGAGAUUUAAAGAUCCAGAACCAGUUGAAGAAACUGCAAAGUCCUGUUAUCCUGCUUUAUAGUACGAAGGAGGAGGCCUCCACUAUCUUCGAGGUGGCCCACUCUGUUGGCCUGACAGGUUACGGUUACACCUGGAUUGUGCCCUCGCUGGUAACCGGAGAUGCAGACCAUGUUCCACCUGUUUUCCCCACAGGGCUCAUCUCGGUGUCAUAUGACGAAUGGGACUACAAUAUCGAGGCCAGGGUACGUGAUGCAGUGGCUGUCAUCGCCACGGCAACCUCCACCAUGAUGCUAGACCGGGGGCCACACACUCUGCUGAAGUCAAGCUGCCUCGGGACACCUGACAAAAAGAGCUCCAACACCGGCCACUCCAAGGAAAUACUGAAAUACGUCAUGAAUGUGACAUUUGAAGGCCGAAACCUGUCAUUCAGUGAUGAGGGACACCAAAUGCAUCCCAAACUGGUCAUCAUCCUUCUGGGCAAUGACAGACAAUGGGACAGGGUGGGCAAGUGGGAGAGGGGCUCUUUAACCAUGAGGUACCAUGUGUGGCCUCGCUUUGAGCUCCAAACUGAAGACCACCUGUCCAUUGUUACACUGGAGGAGGCGCCAUUUGUCAUUGUGGAGAAUGUGGACCCGCUCAGUGGGACCUGCAUGAGAAACACUGUCCCGUGUCGCAAACAGCUCAAACUCAGCAACCAGACCGGUGAUUCUGGAAUUUACAUCAAGCGCUGUUGCAAGGGUUUCUGCAUUGACAUCCUUAAAAAGAUUGCCAAGACGGUCAAGUUCACCUACGAUCUCUAUUUGGUCACCAAUGGCAAACACGGCAAGAAGGUGAAUGGGACGUGGAAUGGCAUGGUUGGGGAGGUGGUGUUGAAGAAUGCCCACAUGGCAGUGGGCUCCCUCACCAUCAACGAGGAGCGAUCCGAGGUCAUCGACUUCUCCGUGCCGUUCAUUGAGACGGGAAUCAGUGUCAUGGUGUCCCGGAGCAAUGGAACCGUCUCCCCCUCUGCCUUUCUUGAGCCCUUCAGUGCGGAUGUCUGGGUGAUGAUGUUUGUGAUGUUGCUGAUCGUGUCGGCCGUGGCUGUGUUUGUGUUCGAGUACUUCAGCCCCGUGGGUUACAAUCGCUGUCUGGCAGAUGGUCGAGAGCCUGGCGGUCCCUCCUUCACUGUUGGUAAGGCCAUCUGGCUGCUUUGGGGUCUGGUUUUUAACAACUCCGUUCCAGUGCAGAAUCCCAAAGGUACCACCAGUAAGAUCAUGGUGUCAGUGUGGGCCUUCUUCGCUGUCAUCUUCCUGGCCUCCUACACUGCCAACCUGGCUGCUUUCAUGAUCCAGGAGGAGUAUGUCGACCAGGUGUCGGGCCUGUCAGAUAAAAAGUUCCAGAAGCCGAAUGAAUUCUCGCCGCCAUUCCGGUUUGGCACAGUCCCCAAUGGGAGCACCGAACGCAACAUCCGCAACAACUACCGGGACAUGCACGCCUACAUGACCAGCUUCCACCAGAAGAAUGUAGAUGAAGCCCUGUACAGUCUGAAGACCGGAAAACUAGAUGCCUUCAUUUACGAUGCAGCCGUGCUGAACUAUAUGGCGGGUCGAGAUGAGGGCUGCAAACUGGUCACCAUCGGAAGCGGCAAGGUGUUCGCCUCCACCGGCUACGGCAUUGCCAUCCAGAAAGACUCAGGCUGGAAACGUGCUGUGGAUCUGGCCAUCCUCAUGCUCUUUGGAGAUGGUGAGAUGGAGGAGUUGGAGGCUCUGUGGCUCACAGGAAUCUGCCACAACGAGAAGAACGAGGUGAUGAGCAGUCAGCUGGACGUGGACAACAUGGCAGGGGUCUUCUACAUGCUUGGGGCUGCCAUGGUUCUAUCAUUAAUCACCUUCAUCUGUGAACAUUUGUUCUACUGGCAGCUGCGCUUCUGCUUCAUGGGCGUGUGCUCCGGAAAGCCUGGGUUCACCUUCUCUAUUAGCAGAGGUAUCUACAGCUGCAUCCACGGGGUACAAAUUGAGGAAAACAAGUCAACUAUAGACUCCCCGUCUGCCACCAUGAAGAAGAACAUGAACAACACCCACUCCAACAUCUUGCGGUUGCUCCGCACUGCCAAGGACAUGACCGCCGUCCCGGGUAUUAACGUCCCACAUGCCGCCCUGGAGUACAGCCACAGUGGCCGUGAAUCAGCGAUCUAUGACAUCCAGGAGCAUCGGCGCAGCCUGGUGGGCCACCCUAUAGACUGCAAGUCAACGCCUCCGUACCUGCCAGAGGACAACAUGUUCAGUGACUACAUCAGCGAAGUGGAGAGGACUUUUGGCAACUUGCCCCUGAAGGACAGCAACCUGUACCAGGACCAUUAUCGGCACCACCACCCGGCCUCGGCUCUGGGUAUGUCCGGCCCCCCGCCUAAUAGGCCGCGUAGCUUAGGCAGCGCUAGCUCGUUGGAGGGGGGCAUGUUUGAUUGCGACAGUUUAGGGGGAGGGGUAGCACCCAUCUUCACCACCCAGCCCCGCCCCUCCAUGACUCACAGGAACACAAAUAAAUUUGACCUGAUCGCUGGUCACACCCCUGUGGAUUCCAACCAGGGUGGGUUCAAGGGAAACAAUGUGUACGGGAGGUUUUCUUUCAAAGGAGGUGCAUCCAGCACGGGGCUCAUCGGGGGUCAUGACAGGUACUGUGGUGGAGGUGGGGGAGGGGGAGGCUCGGGGGGUGACGAUGGGAACAUUCGCUCUGAUGUGUCGGAUAUCUCCACGCACACUGUCACCUACGGCAACCUGGAGGGCAACAACAAGCGACGUAAGCAGUACAGGGACAGCCUGAAAAAGAGGCCAGCCUCAGCCAAGUGCAGACGGGAGCAGGACGAGAUAGAGCUGAGCGCCUUCAGGAGGAGACCCCACCACCACACCGUCCACCACCACUUCCCCCACGGGCCCCUGGCACACCGCACGGUCUCACCUACCCUGGAGCGGAAGAGAGGAGGAGGAGGGGGUAAUUCUUCACCUUACUCAUUCCGCAAAGACAAAGAGAACCUGAGGGAAUUCUAUGCGGAGCAGUUCCGCUCCAAGGAGGGAAAGGCCAAGUGGGAGCAAGAGGGUGGAAGUGGAGGAAGCGGUGUGGGCGGCGGUAGUGGUGGUGGUAUCUGUAAAAGCUUAGUUCCUGUAGAAGACUUCCUCAAAGGUAAAGGCAAGAAGCCGGAGUGUAAAGGUGGGAUAAGUUCAAUGACUGCAGGGCAGCAGGCCCACACCUGCUGGGAGAAGGGGGUCUCUGGAAUAGGAGGGGGAGGCAUAGCAGGGGGUGACUGGGAAUGUCGUAACUGCCACAGUGUGUGUCACCAUAGUGGAGGUGUAGGUGGAGGCAGCCCGUGUCCAGCUGGUGGAGUUGGGGGGAGCAGCAGUCGCCCUAGCUCUGCUACCAGCAAACGUUGUGAUUCCUGUAAGAUGCAGCCGAGCAACCUUUACAACAUCAGUGAGGAUAAUAACAUGGUGUUUGCUGGAGGAAAGAGUAGUGUAGGACCCAGCCAAACCCAAACUCAGGCACAGCGCAGGAAGCUAGGGCCGGGAGGGAGGGUGUUAAGGAGGCAGCACUCAUAUGACACAUUUGUGGAUCUGCAGAGAGAGGGGGCAGGCCGCAUGGGAGGAGCUGGUGGGGGUGUCGGGGGACAGUUUCCCCAACCCCGAAGUGUGAGUUUGAAAGACAAAGACCGCUUCAUGGAGGGCCCCAGCCCUUACGCUCACAUGUUUGAGAGGUAUUCAGGCGACAGGGAGUCUCCCAUGUUUGGAGGAUUAGGUGGCGACAGGGUGAAAGGAGGCUCCUCCUUCAGUUUGUUCCGUGGAAGCGAAGGUGGGUUUCAACGACGGUCAGUGGGAGAGAGAGACCUGAGGGACAGAGAUAGAGCUAUGAUGGGAGGUGGGGGCUGUGGUGGUGGUGGUGGUGGUGGUGGUGGUGGCAGAGGGGCCGGGACUUACUCCUUGUCUAAAUCUCUCUACCCAGAUAAGGUGAACCAGAACCCCUUCAUCCCAACGUUCGGCGAUGACCAGUGUCUAUUACACGGUGCCAAACCGUACUACAUCAAAAAGCCACAGACGCAGCAACAGCAGCAGCAGCAGCUACUCAACAACAGCCGCGGAGGAGGGGACUUCAGAGGCUCCAUGGGAGCGACUUCCUAUUUGCCCGCGUCAGCCACGGCUGGGGUGAUGUCCAAUGUGGCCCCCAGGUUCCCCAAAGAGCUGUGUCUGGGCGGGGUGGGAGGGCCCAUGGGGAACCACCACGGGGCCAACAAGCUACUGCCCGGGGGCAGGGACACGUUAGGUUUGGGGCAGGGACAGAGACCCUUCAAUGGUGCCAGCAAUGGACACGUAUAUGAAAAGCUGUCCAGCAUUGAGUCAGAUGUCUGAAGACAGAGGACGCAAGAAAGAAAGAGGAAGAAGUGGGUGAAGAAAAGGGGUGAAAUAAGAAAAACAGACAGGAAAAAAACAGAAACAGCUCAGGCUGAUGACCUCUCUGUGUGAGGAGAAUGAGGAGACACGGUACUGUCUGUGUUGUUCUCACUCGGCUAAAUGAGAAGUAUUUGGACGAUGCACAGAGGCCACUGCAGGCUAAGCUGUGGUGAAGUCCGGUGGGAGACACGUUUUUAAUGAGAAGAGAGGAUUCUGGUGCUGCUCUGAUGCUCAGAGAAAGAUAGUUAGGGAGGAAGGGAGGGAGGGAUAGAUGGAGGGGAAAAAGUGAAAUCAAAUCUCCACUCUCUCUUCACAUGCUCAUUGUCUUUCCCUCCCUCCUGCAGCCCCUUAACACCAAAACAAACAUUUUGUUUAGCAACGGAAAUACAAUCAUGAAUGAGAAAUCAACAUUUCUGUUGAAUUAACAGGGUAAAUUAAUAAUAAUUGUAUUGAUAAUGUUAAUAAUAUUAUUGAAUAUUAUUCCAGUGUUUAAUGAUGAUCGGUUUGGAUUGUUUUUCAAUUUUAUUCAUUUAAAUAGUUCAUGUUACAUAUUUGUAUGAUGUUAAUUCUUUCUUAGCUUACCAAUAUUACAGGAGACUGGUAGAACCAGUGGGGGUUAAAUCCAGUAUGGCUAUUUUAUGGCUUCCUGUAAUUUGGACUCUUCUUUGCUAUUAAUUCUUCCUCCAUGUUUAAUUUUUUUACUUUUCUUAUUUUUGAGUGCUGUGAAGUGUAUGUGAAAGGCAUGACUUGCUGAGUACAUUCUAUGUACUUAUAAAUCUGCAAAGACGGUCUUUUUUUCAGCUGCAGAAGCAACAUCAUCAUACUGAUUUGCCGUUUUCCUCUCGUUUUCUGCCUGGCAGUACCAAAUGGGUCUCGCAUUUUGAGCUGGAUGUGCCUUAAAGGAUUAAUACUGAUUUUCUACACACAUGAUCUCUUCUGUUGGUAGACAGAUCCAACUUCUUACAAUUAGUCAAUUGAUUUGAGUGUGAAAAUCCACCUGAACAAGUCAGAUAUGUGGGUUGACUUUCAUGAGCAUAAUACACUUCUAGACUUGUAAGAAAUUAUAGUACACACAGCGCCACAGAGCGAUUGCUGCAGUCGAGGAAGCUGAAAUUCCUGCAAAAGAAUAAAUGUAAACUCUAGUAGGAUUACAAGGGUUAAAGCCACAGUGCCAACAUUCCCACUCAUGAACAGUCAGGUAUAUCAGAGCCGUGUUACUGUUUGUUAAGGAAUAAAAGCUUCUUGUAUUUUUAACACUUCAAGCGACAGUUUUACCGUAAAUCACUUACUACGAAGCUCCACAUGCUUCAUCGCUCCCUCACCUCCUCAAAACCCCACAAAUCAUUUGUUGCAGAACAGAUGACCUAGGAUCCAAACUAUCCAUUAAACACAUGCAAAUCAUAUUUAAUGUCCACUUGUUGCUCUUAUUUCCUUUCAUUGGGUUUGACUCAAUUGGCUGUGACAGUUUGCCUGUUCAGGAAGAGGACAUAAUGGACUGCUGGAGUCAGGCCUCUGUUGCAAGGAUGAGCAGCCUGACAUGUUAAUUAUUUUGCGAUUACAGCUAUAAGCACUGCCUGCCGUAUUAGAUGGUCACAUUUGAGUGAUGGGAGGAGUAAAGGAGGGCUAAACUAAAGGGCUGCAGCAGAUCUAAACUGGACAAACUGCAGUAUAUUCUGUCAGCAUGCAGAUUUCAUUUGACCUAUUUCACUCACCUUUAUCAUGAAUAAUGCUUCAGCUCCAUGUGGGAUUACUUACAGUUCCUCCCCUUGUGCACUCUAUGCUGAUUUCUCACCCAAACUCAAAUUUGUAACCAAACUGAUCAUAAAAAGUAAUUUCAUUCCAUGCUCUAACUGUGAUUUCUUCCUCCUCUGGGCCAUAAUCUGUUCCACAUGCUGGGAUUUUUGAUGAACAGAAACAAUUUACCUCAAAUUGAAAAUACUAUGUCAACAUUUGCUGAAAAAAAGGAGGCAGGAGAAGGUAAACAGCAUUCUAAAAGCGAGUGGCACAUUAUCACAAAAUGAAAACAGCAGAGCUUGUGUUCCCAUUUGACCCUGAAUUAUUUUGAUGACCCACAGUCCACUAUAUUAGACAUGAAGCUCAUCUCCUCUGACACAUUAUAAAGAUAAAACUUAAGUUGUAUGUUGGUUAAUUUUCAGCUUUCUCUACCUUUAGUCUCAUGUUACUAUUUAGGACAGCUGUUCUCUCAUUCCUGUUCUUUAUUUACACCUAAACUUGAACACAUUUUAAACCAAAUUGUAAAAUCUAAGCACAAUCUGACUGAAUGGAUCUAUCGAUUAGUUUCUUGUACAUCCCAGUCAAAACUAAAGAAGGCUUUCCUUCUCUUGGUUGACAAGUCAGUAUGUAUGAUACUAGGGGGUCUCUAGUGUUUGUAAGGACUUGCAUGUAUACACUUAGUUUUUUUUUCCUUUUCCUGUUUUUUAAUCUUAACUUUUUAGCCCUGAAACAUGGGGCAUUUUUGGACAAUAUUUGGAAUUUUCUCAAUUUCAUUAGUACUGAUCCAUGUAGUACUGUAGGUGUGUGUGCGUGUGUGUGCUUGUUUGUGCAAGAGAAGAUACCAAUCUAUAAGUCGAAAUUUUGGUUUUACAAAAAAUAUGGCUCAAAUGAUUACGGUUUUCAUUAGGAUAGACUGCUUUUAUUGUUAAUGUUAUACAAAGAUCAGUUUUCUUGGUAGUUUCUGUAAAUGCUUUUAAUGAGGUUGAGGUCUUGGUUCAGUUCAUCGUCCCUGAAGAAGCUUUUUUCAUUUCAUCAACCUUUCUAUUUUUUUUCCCUUUGAAUAUCUCGGUAUGUUUCAUUUUUUUCUGUUUUUGUAUGUGCCUGAAUACAUACGCUUGAUUACCUCUGUGUGUGCUCAUAUGGAAGAGAGUCAGGGUGUGUGAGAGAUAAGUGUUUAUUGUAGGCUACAUGUAUUAUAAAGCGGUAUGUAAAUACUUUACCUCACGCUCAUGGACUUUUGAUAAAAAAACUGUACAAAACGGCAGAGAAUAGAUCUAUUUGGGAUAUAUCUUUGAUUCGUAGAUUCCCUUGCAAAAUUGUUUUGUAACGACUUCAGGCCAGGAUAUGUGCAAUCAUUUAUUAUUAUUAUAGAGAUCGUGUGCACAUUUAAUAAAUCAAGGUUUGUUGUUGUGUUUCCUUUUCUUGUUUGAUUUGGUCAAAGACCAGCUAAGAAGUUGUUUUCUCAAAGGAAAAAUUGUAAAGCACCAUCACUAAUGGAUACACAGAAAGCACAAUAGAUUAUCUGUUGCAUUUUUACAAGGUAGUCUUCUUUUUGUUUUUCUCUUUGGCUGAUCUGUUUUUGUGUUUUGCCAGAGAAAACAUUUCCACCACUGAGCUGUACAGAUUGUGAAAAUGUACAUACGACAAAACUCUAGCUCACCCUCACAUUUUUGUAUGGAGAGAACUUACUUGUGUGAAGAGAGUAUUUCAAAUUUGAUUGAAUAUUUAGUAAUAUUGAAAAUGAGAUUAAACACAGUCAAUGUGAAAAUAAGUGCUGAGAAAUAUUAUUCUUCUGUCUCUUUGGAAUAAAAGUGUUGAGUAUUAAUAAAAAAUAAGAAAUA